UAAAUUGAUGGUUAACCUUGAAAGAAAUUAGCACCAACAUAACAAAUAAUCGGGGAGCGGUUUGAGCGUGAUACCUGGAAGGAACGUGUUAACACAAUUAACAAAGACAUUUCCCAGAAGAAAAAUAAUGCAGAGAUACACGUUGAACAACUACAUUGACCUGAACCCUAUCAAGAUGACCUCUCCGACCUGCGAGGACUUGGGCAUACCUACAGAAGCUGAGGACAUAGCCUACUCAUUCUGUCGUCGUGGUCUGAUACGCAACAGCGGACUUCAUAUCGAUGGUAUUAGAUACGAUGCCAUUAAAAGCAACCCAUUUUCCCCAGUGUGUAUGAUCCCAGUCCCGACACAGUUUACACUGGACUCCGGGCUCGAACCUUCAUUUAUCCGGAAACGGAACGAGCGGGAGAGGGAGAGAGUGCGGUGUGUGAACGACGGGUACGAGCGGCUGAAGGAGCACCUGCCUCUAGACAACAAGGAGCGGAGGAUAAGCAAGGUGGAGACUCUGCGGGCCGCCAUACAGUACAUCAAACACCUACAGACGAUGCUUGACGACCAAGGGGAAAUGGGCACCAAGAGGAAAGCUCCAGAAGCUGACGACAAACCUAUCUCGAAAAAACGGAUGAAGAAGGAGAGACAAAAUUGACUGGACUAAUGUGAUAUUGAAGGUUGAAACAGGGUAACGCGUGUCCUUAUAUGGGCUGCAUCCAGAAGUGCUAGUUGAGAAACGUUACACAGGUGUGGUGUAAUGAACCAUGUGAUGAACGUGUAGGUGGCGGUGUCCACCAUCAGUGGCAGGCAACCCGUGCAACUAUGUGAGGCUGUCAACAUGUACGCCAUCAAAGUAAAUCUGCAUAUCAACUCUUGUGUAUAACAAGGUAUGACUUUCUUUACUGUAUUGUUGUGAUUUGUUGUUUGUGCAAUACAUUGUUCUACAAAAAUAAAACUGCUUUAUUUGAAACACCAA